GUGGAGGCGUCGCUGGAGGAGCAGGACUUCACAGAGCUGUGGGGCAAGAAAGCCAAGGAGCUCUACGGCAGCACGUGGAGCAACUUCAGCGACCCGCAGCUGAGGAAGAUCAUCGGCUCCAUCCAGACCCUGGGACCCUCCAACCUGCCCCUGGAGAAGAGAGAGCAGUACAACACCAUCCUGAGCAACAUGGACAAAAUCUACUCCACGGCCAAGGUGUGCCUGCCCAACGGGACCUGCUGGGAGCUGGAGCCAGACCUCUCGGACAUCAUGGCCACCUCCCGCAGCUACAAGAAGCUGCUCUAUGCCUGGGAGGGGUGGCACAACGCCGCGGGCAACCCGCUGCGGGCCAUCUACCAGGAGUUCGUGGAGCUGAGCAACGAAGCCUAUCGGAUGGAUGGAUUCGAGGACACAGGCAGCUACUGGCGCUCCUGGUACGACUCGCCCUCCUUCGAGGAUGACCUGGAGCAAAUCUACAACCAGCUGGAGCCGCUCUACCUCAACCUGCACGCCUUCGUCCGGAGGAAGCUGUACGACCACUACGGCCCCAAAUACAUCAACCUGAAGGGUCCCAUCCCUGCUCACCUCCUGGGCAACAUGUGGGCUCAGCAGUGGAACAACAUCUAUGACAUGAUGGUCCCCUACCCCAAUAAGCCCAACCUCGAUGUCACGAGCACCAUGGUGCAGCAGGGCUGGAACGCCACCCACAUGUUCCGGGUCUCAGAGCAGUUCUUCACCUCCCUGGGGCUGCUGGAGAUGCCCCCCGAGUUCUGGAACAAGUCCAUGCUGGAGAAGCCGACGGACGGGCGGGAGGUGGUGUGUCACGCCUCCGCCUGGGACUUCUACAACCGCAAGGACUUCAGGAUCAAGCAGUGCACGACGGUGACCAUGGAGCAGCUCUUCACAGUGCACCACGAGAUGGGCCACGUCCAGUACUACCUGCAGUACAAGGACCAGCCCGUCUCCUUCCGCAGUGGGGCCAACCCUGGCUUCCACGAGGCCAUCGGCGACGUCAUGUCCCUGUCUGUCUCCACUCCCAGCCACCUCAAGAAAAUAGGUCUCCUCAGCAACGCCACCGAGGAUGAAG